AUGGCGCCCAUGAAAACUAUAAAUUCCAAUCUGUCGAGUAGUAAUUACGGCGAGGACAUGGCCCGCCAGGCCAACGUUCUCGCCAGCUGCUACGUCGUCGACGCCGCCGGCUCGCUCAAGGGCCUCCACUACUGCACUACCCUGGCUGCAGGGGCCGAGUGUCCCCCCCUCGCCGCAAUCACCUCGUCCAACGAGCUCGCCCUGACGCCCAAGCCGGCAAAGCGUCAGUCCACGGCAUCCAAAAGCGACAUCAGCACCAGCGCGAACCAUCGCCGUCCAUCCGCUGCUUCCUACACUGGCAGCAGCGCCGCCUCCGUUGACUCUGGCUACUUUGGCUCCUACACCAGCAAUGGUCAGCCUGACCGGCGUCAGCAGCUCACGCCACCUUGCGAUGGAUCCGAAGCGAUGUGCAACGGUGGCCGUGCCAACGGCAACAUCGAGGCCACCUCGUGGAUGGAGAUCUGGGACUACCAGGGCGGGGCUAGCUUCCGCGCCUUCGCCGUCGAGGACUACGCCCGCGGCGAGAGGACCCUGUUCACCUUCUUCGACGCAGGUGUAGUCGGCCACGAUCUGAAAGACGCUCUCGUGGCACUGAUGGAGUUGGCCGAGUCGCCCCUGGGCUGCUCCCACCUGGUCAUCUGCAUCGACCGGUCCAUCGAGACUGACGAGGCCAAGACGCUGACAAAGGGCCUGCAGUGGGCGGGCCUGGAGCUGACGACUCUCGACCACUGGGCGGGAGCCAUUGACGUGACGAGCAAGGAGUGGGUGUUCAUGGGCACGGAAGUGUAG